CGUCAUAUUUGCGCGACACGGGCAUGAACACAUGCACCAUGCGUGUAAAAUAAAGGGGCAUAUGAAGUAAUACUUAUGCGUUUAAUAAAUACUGUAUUGUUCGCGAGAAGUUGAAAACUUCGUGGGUAAACAUGGCUGGAAACACGCUGCCGUUUAAAUCAAAUUAUGCAGUCUCCAGCAAAAUAGAACCGUUCUAUAAGGGAGGUAAAGUGCAGAUAAGUCAUGACGAGCAGUACAUAUUUUGCACAUGUGGUCCAAGAGUCAACAUUUUACAGAUCAACACAGGAAAAAUUAUCCAUAGCAUCGAGCAGGAUGAUCAAGAGGACAUCACCUCGUUCUCUCUCAGUCCUGAUGAUGAGGUGCUGGUGACCGCCAGCAGGGCUCUGCUCCUGAAGCAGUGGGACUGGAAGCAGGAGAAGUGCACUCGGUCGUGGAGGGCCAUCCAUAAUGUGCCUGUGGCCAGCAUGACCUUCGACUGCACCUCCACCCUGCUGGCUACAGGUGGUUGUGAUGGCACCAUCAAGCUGUGGGAUGUCGUGAAGCAGUACUGCACACACAAUCUGAAAGGAUCCUCUGGCGUUGUACAUUUGGUUGAGUUUCAUCCAGACAUCAGCAGACUGCAGCUCUUCUCUUCUUCUGCGGACUGUGGGAUCCGGAUCUGGGACCUGCGGACCAGCAGGUGUAUCUGUGUUUUGGAGAGCCACUACAGUGCCGUCACAUCGCUGGCCUUCUCUCCUGAUGGCCAAACUCUAAUCAGUUCUGGCCGGGACAAAAUCUGCUCGGUUUGGGACCUGAAGAAGGCGGCCGUUAAGAGGACUGUUCCCGUCUAUGAGGCUGUGGAAGGUGUUGUUCUUCUCCCUGGGAACAGCGAUUACUCUCAGAUGGGUGUGAAGGGCGAAGACUUACACUUCGUCACGGCUGGCAGUAAAGGUGUUCUUCGAGUGUGGGACUCCAGCUCGGCUCGCUGCGUGUUCACUCAGACGCUGCCUGAUGCUCCGGCUCUCGACACGGAGGAGGCCGAUUUAGACCCGCGCAGUCUGAUGCAUCUUCUGCCCAUGCCACGGUCCAACAGACUGGUCACUGUCACCGCAGAGCACAACAUCCUCAUCUAUCAGAUGCCCGCUCUCACUGUUCAGCAGCAGUUUGUCGGCUACAAUGAUGAUAUCCUGGACGUGAAGUUCCUGGGGAAGGAUGACACACAUCUAGUGGUGGCCACUAACAGCUCUCAGCUGAAGGUGUUUGAGUUGGCCACUAACAGCUGUCAGAUCCUGUACGGACACACAGAUACCAUCUUAUCAGUCGAUGUCUUUCGGAAAGGUUCCAUGUUUGCAAGCUGUGCAAAGGACAAGUCCCUGCGGCUGUGGAAGAUGGACCUGAAGAGUGGCCGAGUGCACUGCGUGGCCCAGGGCAGCGGUCACUCCAACGCCGUGGGCUCCGUCGUCUGCUCCAGGUUAAAGAAAGUGUUCCUGGUGUCGGGCAGUCAGGACUGUACUAUGAAGGUGUGGGAUCUGCCUGACCCUCUUCCUGACGUGGGAUGUGAACCCUUCUUGAUGACGGCACGACUCACAGAGAAAGCUCACGACAAGGAUGUGAACAGCGUGUCCAUCUCUCCCAAUGACAAGCUGCUGGCCUCUGGCUCUCAGGACCGCACGGCUAAACUCUGGUCACUGGCGGACAUGAGUCUGUUAGGUGUCUUCAGGGGUCAUAGUCGAGGUAUUUGGUGUGUUCAGUUCUCUCCUGUGGACCAGGUCCUGGCCACGGCUUCAGCGGACGGCUCCAUCAAAAUCUGGAGCAUUCAAGACUUCAGCUGCCUCAAGACGUUUGAGGGACAUGAUGCCUCUGUGCUAAAGGUCAUAUUUGUCAGUCGAGGAACUCAACUAGUGUCUAGUGGUUCUGAUGGACUUGUGAAGUUGUGGACCAUAAAAACAAACGAGUGUGUGAAAACAUUUGACGCUCACCAGGACAAAGUGUGGGCUCUGCACGGCAGCAGCAAAGACGAGCUGAUGGUGACGGGAUCAGCCGACUCCACCGUCACACUGUGGAAGGACGUGACAGAAGUGGAGCUGGCAGAGGAGCAGGCCAAACAAGAAGACCAAGUCCUUAAGCAGCAGGAACUGUCAAAUUUACUUCAUGAGAAGAAGUAUCUGAAGGCUCUGGGAAUCGCUAUCUCUCUGGAUCAGCCGCACACUGCAUUGCGAGUUAUCCGAGAAAUUCGUCAGCAGGAGGAUGGGGUACAGGAGCUAGAGAAGACCCUCCUGAAGCUCCGUCAGGAUCAGAAAGAGUCGGUGUUGCGAUACUCUGUGGUGUGGAACACUAAUUCACGCAGCUGUCUGGACGCCCAGGCCGUCCUGCGGGUGCUGCUCACACACUUGAGCCCAGAGGAAAUCCUGCAGUAUCAGGGCACUCGUACCCAUCUCGAGGGCCUCAUACCAUACACAGAGAGACACAUGCAGCGGAUUGGUCGUCUCCUGCAGGCCUCAAUGUUUCUGGAUUACAUGUGGCAGAAAAUGCGUAUUACAGGUGGUAAAGACAGUGGGAACUUGGAUGAUGAUGAAGAGAUGGACACCAGUCCUCAAUCCAUCUUCAUCGUAGACAAGCAACCGAUGGACACGGCAGAUAUCUGGCAGGCAUCUCUGCAACAACAACAAGAUGAAGAGGAAGAUCUGGAGGAUCCCGAAAAUAGAGAGGAGCUUCUUGAUGAAGAUGAGAGCAUCAGCUCAUCUAAGUGCGCUCAUGUGAACGGUGUGAAACUGAACGGUGUGAACCGUGUGGAAGACGGAGGUCAAGUGUCCAGUGAGGAGAGUGAUGACGAAGAUGAUGUUGUGGAAAUUACCACAAAGUCCCUUCCUACGGAUUCAAACCCCUCCAAAACAGCAGAUAUAAGGUGAUUGGCUACUCUAGAUGUCAAUCAUGAUUUUUUUUAUCCAGUACUGAUUGUUGAAUUAAUGAACUACUUAAGAUCUUUCAGAAUUUUCAAAUUCAUCAACACGGCGUCGCUUUCUCUCAAACAGGGGUUUCCUGUUUGUAUGAUCACAGCAAUUGCAAAAUACCGUUUUGAUGAUGUUUGAAAUAUUGCUUUUUUAUGUAGUUGUUUUGCCAUUCUUCAAAAUAAUCUAUUAGAUAAGAAAAAUAAAAUGUAUUCACAUCGAAGUGUUGGAAGUAACGUGCAUCUUGGAAGAAUAUUCCCAGUUGAAUAUGUUUGAAAAGGAAAAAUUGUUUAUAGUAAUGCUUUUGCAAUUAUCUGGAAGUCAAUGGGCAACAUUUAGGAAUAAACAUGAAAAUUCAACCAAUAAAAGGAUGAUUUAAUGUAAGCAUCUAUACA